GAUUGUAUACACCUGUGUCCAUGGAGGGGAUUGGAACACCUGAAUCACAUGAUAUGGAGGGGAUUGGAACACCUGAAUCACAUGAUAUGGAGGGGAUUGAAACACCUGAAUCACAUGAUAUGGAGGGGAUCGGAACACCUGAGUCACAUGAUAUGGAGGGGAUUGGAACACCUGAAUCACAUGAUAUGGAGGGGAUCGGAACACCUGAAUCACAUGAUUUGGAGGGGAUCGGAACACCUGAGUCACAUGAUAUGGAGGGGAUCGGAACACCUGAGUCACAUGAUAUGGAGGGGAUUGGAACACCUGAAUCACAUGAUAUGGAGGGGAUGAGAACACCUGAAUUACAUGAUUUGGAGGGGAUUGGAACACCUGAAUCACAUGAUAUGGAGGGGAUGAGAACACCUGAAUCACAUGAUAUGGAGGGGAUGAGAACACCUGAAUCACAUGAUUUGGAGGGCGGGGCCCAA